AUGAACGCACAGACGGCUCGAAUCCAGUUCGCCGUGAUCGUGUCCUUCGUCUUCAUCUACAUCAACACGGUCAUGUUCGUCACGCUGUACAGCAAGCCCCUGCUGAGGGACACCCCACGCUACGUGCUCUUUGCCAACAUGAUCUUCACCGACUCCAUCCAGCUGGUCUCCUCUUCGGUUUUGAACAUCAUCAUCUUCCUCUUCACCAGCCCCGGCCCGAAAGUCGCCUGCUCCUUCCUGAUGUUGGUGGCGGCCUCCACCACCAGGAACGCGCCCCUCAACCUGGCCGUGAUGUCGCUGGAGCGCUACGCCGCCAUCUGCUUUCCGCUGCGCCACAAGGAGCUCGCCACCGUCAAGAGAACGUACGUGGCCAUCGCUGCCAUUUGGUUCUUAGGGUUUGUGAACUCUGUGAUCGAUUCGGUGUACACCUCCGUGACUGACCCUGUUUUUUUCACCGAGCAGAUUAUAUGUGAUCGUCAGAGUAUCAUCACGACCCCGUGGCAGAGGUCGUUCGACCAGGCUAUAGACGCCGUCUACUACAUAUCUGUGACGCUUACCAUCUUCUACAGUUACAUUCGCAUCAUGGCUGUCGCUCGGUCUCUGUCGAGCAACGCCAAGUCUGCAGGAAAGGCGCGCAGGACGCUUCUGCUUCACCUGGUCCAGCUGCUCCCCUGCCUGAACACGCUGGCGUACGGCUACAUAAUCAGCUUCAUCGCCGCAACCCUGAGCCUGAGCGCCUUCUUGGAGGCGCGCUAUGUCAUCUACCUGCUGUUCAUCCUGAUUCCCAGGUGUUUGAGUCCCCUCGUCUACGGCCUGAGGGAUGACACUCUCCGCGGCUUGUACGUGUACUAUUUCAAAUGUGGCCUGUGUGGAUCCAAGCCUAAAGUGAACAUUCACUCAUAG